CGCACCGCUCCGCUGGUGGCGGGGCGGGCGGGAAGGGGCGGGGCCUCGGGCGGGGCCGCCGGGGGGAGGCGGGCGGGCCGGAGGGGAGGAGUGGAGAUGGCGGCGGCGGCGGCUCAGGGGGGCGGGGGCGGGGAGCCCCGGGGAGCUGAUGGGGUCGGCCCGGGGGUCUCGGGGGAGGUGGAGGUAGUGAAGGGGCAGCCGUUCGACGUGGGCCCCCGCUACACGGAGCUGCAUUACAUCGGCGAGGGCGCGUACGGCAUGGUCAGCUCAGCUUACGACCACGUGCGCAAGAUUCGCGUGGCCAUCAAGAAAAUCAGCCCCUUCGAGCAUCAGACCUACUGCCAGCGCACACUGCGCGAGAUCCAGAUCUUGCUGCGCUUCCGCCAUGAGAACGUCAUUGGCAUUCGGGACAUUCUGCGGGCGCCCACCCUGGAAGCCAUGAGGGAUGUCUACAUCGUGCAGGACCUGAUGGAGACAGACCUCUACAAGUUGCUGAAAAGCCAGCAGCUGAGCAACGACCAUGUUUGCUACUUCCUCUACCAGAUCCUUCGAGGCCUCAAGUAUAUCCACUCAGCCAACGUGCUCCACCGGGAUUUAAAGCCCUCUAACCUGCUCAUCAACACCACCUGCGACCUUAAGAUCUGCGAUUUUGGCCUGGCCCGGAUUGCCGAUCCCGAGCAUGACCACACUGGCUUCCUGACAGAAUAUGUGGCCACACGCUGGUACCGGGCUCCAGAAAUCAUGCUUAACUCUAAGGGCUACACCAAGUCCAUCGACAUCUGGUCCGUGGGCUGCAUUCUGGCUGAGAUGCUCUCCAACCGGCCCAUCUUCCCUGGCAAGCACUACCUGGACCAGCUCAACCACAUUCUGGGUAUCCUGGGCUCCCCAUCCCAGGAGGACUUGAAUUGUAUCAUCAAUAUGAAGGCCCGAAACUACCUGCAGUCUCUGCCCUCCAAGACCAAGGUGGCCUGGGCCAAGCUUUUUCCCAAGUCAGACUCCAAAGCCCUUGACCUGCUAGACCGGAUGUUGACCUUUAACCCCAACAAACGGAUCACAGUGGAAGAAGCACUGGCUCACCCCUACUUGGAGCAGUACUACGACCCAACAGAUGAGCCAGUGGCUGAGGAGCCUUUCACCUUCGACAUGGAGCUGGAUGAUCUACCCAAGGAACGGCUGAAGGAGCUCAUCUUCCAAGAGACAGCCCGCUUCCAGCCUGGGGCACUGGAGGCCCCCUAAUCUGGACAGACACCUACGUUCCUUGGGGCCUGGCCCUGCCUCCUGCCUGCCCCUCCCCUGCUGGACUGUUAGGAAAUGGACACUGCGCCCCGCCCAGAAUCCCCCUGGCGGCCCCCUGGCGGCCCCCCGGCAGGGCAGAGGGCGUGCCUGGCCACCCUCCCCGGCUUCACUCCGGCCUCCUGAUCCAGCAGGCCAAGGCUCCCUCCGCCCCGCCUCCCCUCCCAGGGCCCGAGGGGCUUGGGUGGCCCCAAAGCAAAUUGCCCUCUGCUGCUUGCCUUUGUCUACCCCAGCUACCCCAGUCUCUGGUAGUUCUGGAAUGGAAGGGCUCUGGCUGCCCUGGGACCUCCUGAAGGGCAGUGGGGGGAUGCGGGAUCCUGAGUAGGGACUCGGGGCAAGCCCUGACCCAUUAAAACCCUACCCCAUUUUCCCUGAAAGGAAUUUUCCUAAGGCCCAAGGGCUAGUACCCCUGAGGCGCAGGGCCCAGGCCUAAGUCCUCUCCCCCAAAGCUGCCACGUCUAACACCCCUGCUGCCUCUGUAUGUGGGUGAACAGAAGUGGAGUAGGGGGCAUGAGGAGAGCCUGGUGCCCCCGCCCACCCUGUGCCUGUAUCUAAUAUAUAAAUAUAGAGAUGUGUAUAU